AUGCCACCCAGAAAGCUUCAAGUCGGUGUCGCUGGCCUUGGCCGAAUGGGCAAGCGACAUGCUUUCAACUUCCACCAAAAUGUUCCUCGCGCAGUUUUGGUCGCUGUCACAAGCCCAGAUGCUAGUGAGAGAGAGUGGGCAGCUGAGAACUUGGCUCCUCAUGGUGUAGCUAUUUACGAAAACUAUUCUGAUAUGCUCUCUCAUGAGGGCUUGGAUGCUGUCUGUGUCGCUUCAGCUACUGCUGUACAUGCUGAACAGACUAACGCAGCUAUUGCUGCAGGAAAGCAUGUUUUAUGCGAGAAGCCUCUUGGUACUACUGUUGACAUUUCCCAAUCUGUUGUCGACACUGCUGCUACCCGUCCCGAUCUCAAAGUCAUGUGUGGCUUUUCCCGCCGCUUCGAUGCCUCAUACCGCGAUGCCUACGAGAAAACAAAGUCAGGCUUGAUCGGCCGCCCAUCGAUUCUCAGAAGCCAGACCUGCGACGUGUUAGACCCUUCCGGGUUCUUUGUCGCGUAUGCUCAAUUCUCGGGUGGCAUCUUUGUCGAUUGCAGCAUCCAUGAUAUUGAUCUAGCUUUGUGGUUCUUCGGCCAAGAGUCCAAGGUUCGAUCGGUCCAUGCGGUUGGAAUCACUGCCGUGGAACCAGAUCUAAGGCAAUACAACGAUCGAGAUAAUGCCGUGGGCGUUGUGGAGUUCUACGACGGUCGAAUCGCAUAUCUAUAUGCUUCGCGGAUGAUGGCUGCGGGCCAAGAAGACACAACAGAGAUCAUUGGAACAAAGGGCAAGUUAUCUGUGAAUCUGAUACCCGUCGAGAACCAUGUUCGCAUCUACGAGCAAGGAGGCAUCAGGCAUGAACUUCCCCAAAAUUACUGGGGUCGAUUCCAAGCUGCGUUUACGAGGGAGGCUAUCGAGUUUACGGACUGUGCGUUGGACGACAAGCCUGUGCCUGUCGAGUUGACAUCAGCAGUUACAGCGGUGCGAAUUGGUGCAGCAUUGCAGCGCUCGAUGAUUAACGGAAAUAAGAUCUUCUUUGAUGAGGGUGGUAAUGAGGCUAGCAGGGCUUCCUUAUAG